UGUAUCCACAGCUAAGCUAGCUAGCUGCUCUCCACCAUGGCUGGCUCCCUCAAGCUUUCAUCGCCUUCUUCUCCUUCUUCUUCUUCUUCAUCAGCCCAUAUGAAGCUCAGAACCCUAAUCCACAGCCUCAUCCUCUCGCACGUGUGCCGCCUCGCACGUGCCCUCUCCAAGGCCAAGUCCAUCCUCAUCCACGUCUGCAAGGAAAUCCAGCUCGACGCCCAGUUCAUGGAGCCCUUGAUGAUGAUGAUGAAGAGGAGCAAGAGCGGCUGCAGGAGCAGGACCCAGACCCAGAACCAGAAGCUCUUCUACGGCUCGUUCAGGCUGCACUACAACUGGUGCUCCUCUCACCUGUACUACGACGCCACCUGGAGCUCCAUCAUUGGGGCUGGGGUCGAAGAAGAUGGCUGCGGCUGCGAUGGUGAUCAAGAUCACCACCAGUCACAGCUCUCUGGGUACCUCCAGUGGCUGGAGGAGAGGAGGGUCCAUGAGAAAUCUGCAGCUGCAGGGGAUCACCAUCACCAUCCCAAUGACAUUGACAAGCUGGCAGACGUGUUCAUAGCGAGCUGCCAUGAGAAGUUCAGGCUGGAGAAGCAAGAGUCCUACCGGAGAUUCCAGGAGAUGAUGGCUCGAAGUAUUUGAGCUGCUGCUGACGACUUACUGCCCUUUAAUUUUCUUAUCUUCUUUACAUUAAUUGGUUCUGUACAAUCAAUCUCACUGCCCGAACUACGGACUAGAGUUGUAGUCUAAUCAUAGGUGUUCGAGAUCUCGAGUUUGAGUCUCGGUAUAAUUAAUAAAAGAAAAAUUGAUCUCAAGGGGGUGGGACAGUAGCUUUGCCCCAAAAACUUGAAAGAAA